CACCCCCUUCCUUUUACUCUGCUACAGCACGCUACUGCAAGCAUGACAGAUCAGUGAAAAUACAGAGUUAGAGAGAGAGGAAGAGGGAUAGAGAAGAGAGAACACGUGGAGAGAAAGAGGAGUACUGAGAAAAGUAGGAAGAAUAUAUACACCAUCAAGACUAGAAGAAAUGAAAUAAAGGAAGUCUGUCCCUGCCUCUUCUCCAUCUCUUUCUCUACCCCAGGAUUAGGACUAUUUGAUCACCGCCAUGGCCCACAACCAAACCAUCCCCCAAAUCAUCCCUCCAUCCAUCACAUCCCUCACAAAACCCUCCUUGUCCCUUUCUCCGUUCUUCUCCACUACGCCCCCCUCCCUGUUCCUUUCCGCCUCCAUCCACGUCCGUAACACCACUAUGUCUGUUUUCGCGGCAAACCAAAGCAUUGUGGGUAAUACCACCUCCACAACAGUAGGGGCGCUCAUCCUAGGUCUGGUGUUUCUCCUUGGCGUCCCUGGCAACCUCUUCAUCAUCUGGAGUAUCCUGGCACGGGCCCGCCGCCGCUCCGUCACCACCCUCCUCAUCCUCAAUCUGGCAGUGGCCGACGGCUCGCUCAUAGCGCUCACGCCAUUCUUCAUCGUGUACCUUGUGAAGAAGACAUGGAUUUUUGGCGAUAUCAUGUGCAAGAUACUCUUCUACCUGUGCCUGGCCAACAUGUACGCCUCCAUCCAGCUGAUCAUGCUGAUGAGCCUGCAUAGGCUGGUGGCUGUGGUGUGGCCUCGGCGCGUUGCUGCCCUCGCUGGCCGGAAGGCAGUACUGCGGUGGGUGCUGGUACUGUGGAUCCUGGUGCUGGUCGCAUCCAUCCCCGCGUUGCUGUUCAGGCACCAACUGACGGCCACGUACCCCAACAGGAGGAGCCGUAUGGUGUGUGAGUCAUUUCACAAGCAGCAGAGUCAAGUGGUGCUCCAGUACACGUUGGAGACGGUGCUGGGAUUUGUAGUUCCUUACGGGUUGAUUGUAGGCAGCUACAUCUGCAUCCUGCGGAGGAUCAGACAAACCAGGUUCAGGAGGAGGAUCCACAGUGAGAAACUCAUCCUAACCAUCGUGGUCACCUUUGGAAUCUUCUGGCUGCCCUACCAUGUCAUCAACAUUGUGCAGGUUGCCGCAGCACUUUCUCCUCAAGAUUCAGCUAUAAAAGCAAGACUGGACCUUAUCUGGCAGUCCUGCCGUGCGGUCACAUCGGCCCUGGCAUUCAUCAGCAGCUGUGCCAACCCGGUCCUGUACACCUUCGCCGGCAAGUCCUAUAUCCGGCGGGAAGGCUUUGCCUUCAUGGCCCGUCUGUUCGAGGGCACUGCACUGGACUCUGGGACCAGGAAGAACCGACAGAACAGCCAGAACAGCCGAGAGAGAGACAGGGAUGUAGAGGGGUUCGGGCUGAAAGAAAAGGAAGGAGAGCUAGAAUCCACGACCAGCGCAAAUGUUGUGAGCCCCAUCUGUGUGAAACCUGUGAAAAAUGGCAAAUAGUGACACUCUGGGCUGGUAGUUGGACGCUAUGGUGGCGGAAGCUAUUUUGAUGGGAAAACACUUCCUAAGACUGGUUUCCUGCAAUUCGCCCUCGGCAGCCACUAGAUGUAAGUACAAGUCAUGUUUCCUAAUGGGUCAUGACUGACUUACUGACUGAACCAUAUCUCUGUUUUUAGAGGUGGUGCUUCAAGCUCAGCAGGUGAGGGGGGUGAACUUUAUAAAUGAUCUUACCGGUAUGUCUUGUCUGUCUGACUGACUGUCUCUUUUUCUAUAUUUGUGUGUGUGUGUGUGUGUGUGUGUGUGUGUGUGUGUGUGUGUGUGUGUGUGUGUGUGUGUGUGUGUGUGUGUGUGUGUGUGUGUGUGUGUGUGUGUGUGUGGUAUACUGCUGUAAGUACAGUAAAAAGAGCACUGUGUUAUUUUCAUACUUUUUUUGCUUCAUAUAUUUUCUCAAAAGCAUUAAGACAUGUUGCCAUGUUGGGCCAGAGCAAGAAAAUAAAACACAAUUUUCUCAGAUUAGAUUGGGCUGCCAUCCAUUGAUUAGGAAACUCUUAAAGGGAGAAGAAGACAACUCACAGAAGAGUCAUGACUGGCUGGCAGGCAAUAGCAUGCAGGUCCUUCACAGUCUCUCCAGUCAUUUCUUUACCUUCAGGUCAUUCUUUUCCUUCUUUCUCCUCCCCCUCUCUUUUUCCUGGAACCGUUCUCCCCUUUUUUACCUCUUCAUCCAGCUCCCCAACUCCUUCGUUCUCCUCUUUCUCUCUCCCGCUCCCAUCAUGCUGGUCUCCUGCUGGGCGUGUCCAUGCUGGAGGCUGUCAACCUCCAGCAGCUGUGCCCCCCCCUUUGAGCCUGCCAUGGCGUAGAGCAGAGGGUUGACAGCACUGCUGAGAUAAGCUAAAGCUGUGGCCACUGCUCUGGCCCUCAGACAGAACCCCUUGCAACCCUGGGAAUGAUCCGGAGAGACCGGUCCCCACUUGAAACAAGGAAAUCAUGUCUCAUUUUUACCUUGAAUAAUGACAAUAAAACAUUUGUGGGAACUUUGAGGAAA